GGAGGGUGAAGGGAGGAGGCGGAGGAGGGGGAGAAGCCUUCCUCCCUGAUACUCCCGGUCUCUUUAGAACCAACAGAAAGUAGAACCAGCUGCUGGACGGGGACGGAUACCGGAACGGCGCCUAUUUUCGUUCGUUGUCCGGUGAUCACAGCUGAGCGCGUGAAGUUGAAUCGUGUUUGGGAGGAAGAAGAAAUCUCAGCGCCUCGUUUCUAUUUCUCCUCCCCGGUUCUUUCUUUUUUUCACCRGGAAGAAACUGAAGUAAAACUUGAAGAGUUCAGUCUGCCGGAGCCGGAGCGCUUCUYCUCCACACCGGGAUGUAAAUUUGGGAGGAACCGGCGACGCAGAGGAGCGGCUUUAGUUUCAUUUUUUUGAUCUCAUUUCGCGGGAAUAUUGAUCAAAAUCCACGUUUGCACGCGGAGGUUAGCAGCUCACAGGAGAGUGUGGUUCUUCAUGCCCUCGGACCUCAACAGAUCCGCAGACUGAACGGGGGAGUCAGGUGAUUGAUGUCAUCAGAGACCACCAGACCUGAAAUUUGAUCAGGUUCGGCUCAGCUCCCUGCAGGAACAACCUGAGAGGAGGAGGGAGGUGAUCCUGAUAACAAAAAGCAAUGAUGGAGCGGUGGUGGGUGUGGCAGGUGACAGUGGUCACAGUGGCAACCAUUUACCUCAGUCCCUCCCAGUGCACGAACCCAGAGUUUACCUCCGAAACGCUGAUCAACAACGUGGUGUCGGAUCCCCGCACGGGCCGGCUGUACGUCGGCGCCGUCAACCACCUCUACCAGCUGAACUCCGCUCUGGAACUGGAGUUUGACAUCAAGACGGGCCCCAAGAAGGACAACCCGCAGUGCACGCCGCCCAUCGCUGACACCUGCGAAAACGCCAAAGAAACGAACAACCACAACAAGCUGCUGCUAGUCUUCGAGGGCCAGAACCAGCUGGUGGUCUGCGGCAGCCUCUUCAGGGGCAUCUGCUCGCUGAGGAACCUGAGCAACGUGGGGGAAGAGAUUUACUACAGCGACAGCAGCGGGGAAAAGUCGUACGUGACGAGCUCCGAGGAGAGCGUCUCCGUGGUGGGAGUGAUGUCGAACUACACAAAAGACGGAAACAAACUCCCUGUGUUCCUGGUUGCUAAAGGGUUUGGAAGCCAAGACAGCACCAAGCUGAUCGCCACCCGGAUCCUCCAGAAAUAUAAGAGUGAAUGGACGUACUUCGACAGCAUCAUCGAAGCCUCCGCGGUUCAGGCCAACCCCUUCGGCCCGCGCAACCGUCACGACUUCCGCUUCGCCUUCAAAGAUGGCGGGUUUGUCUACUUCCUGUUCUCUCGGACGCUCGGGAUGCAGGACAACAAGAACUUCACCUUUAUAGCCAGGAUGUGUGAGGAAGAUCAGAGCUAUUACUCGUACACAGAGCUGCAGCUCAACUGUAGCGCCACCAGGAAGUACAACAAGGCUCAGGCUGCUUUUGUUGGAACAGCUGGUGACGUUUUUGCCGAAAACCUGACAAAGUCCAGUCAGUACGGACCAGUUUUGGGGUCCGACAGGGUGCUGUUUGUCACCUUCACCUCUGAGAAGGAAGGAAUGUCAGCCAUGUGUGCGUACCCCAUGAAGUCCAUCAACGCCCGGCUGGUGGACCUAAUCGGAGCCUGUUAUAGCAAAAAAGGCAUCAUCAACGAUAAGCUCGCCGUCUAUUCGCCGUAUUCCACCAAGACCGAGAGUCCGUGCACCGACAAGCAGGCCGACAUGGUCCACAGAUACGGCUGCGGAGCGGAUUUCCUGCCGUCGCCGCUAGCCAGCAAGCCUGAGUUCGCCCUAACGGCGGAGCCGUCGCUGGAGCGUAACAUUCACAUGACCGCCGUGGCUGUGGCUGUGGAGAUGGAGCACGCUGUGGCCUUCCUGGGCACCGCCAACGGAGAGGUGCUGAAGGUUCAUCUGUGGACGCCCACCGAGGUGUACGGGCGAGUCUCGAGCGAAGUCCCCGGGGACCGGGUCAACAAGAACCUGCUGUUCGAUUCCAGCCUCCAACAUCUGUACAUCGCCACGGAGAAAAAGAUCACCAAGGUUCCGGUCCAAACCUGCCACCUGAAGAAAGACUGCCACUCCUGCGUCUCCAUGAAGGAUCCGUUCUGUGGCUGGUGUGUCCUGGAGGGAAAGUGCAGCAGGAGGCAGGACUGCAGCAGGUCGGAGGAGAAGAACGCCUGGCUCUGGUCGCCCAAUCAGAAGUGCGUUCAGAUCGAGUCCUUCCAGCCGCAGAACCUCAGCUGUGAGAAGACCAAGAAGGUUGAAAUCAGCAUCCCGACGCUGCCCCGCCUCAGGAAGGACGACCAGCUGCUCUGUGCUUUCGUCUACCUCAGCCACGGGCAGCUUCUUAAUUUCACCACCGAAGCCGCGGCGGUCCAAGACGAUCCGGUUCUGGUGCAGUGCUCGCUGCCCUACCCCGAGAUAAUCCCGCCCACUUUACCUCAGCAAGACUACGUGUCGGUCCCGGUUCAGGUUCUGUUGAACAGAACCAUCGAGCUGACGUCUGGAGAAUAUCACUUCUACAACUGUGCCGCUACCGUCAGGAAGAACGAAAACACACCGUGUAUUUCCUGUGUGACCAGUCAGUGGGGCUGUCAGUGGGACGCUCAGCGUCACGUCUGCAGCGACCAGAACGACUCUGUGGGAGGAGAUCACGUGGUCAAACCUCAGCAGCCAGAGAAAUGUCCUCAGUUCGAGUCUCCGGAGCCACGGCUGAUCCCCGUCGGCGUCAAGAUCCCCGUCAGCUUCCAGGGGAGGAACCUGGAUAUCUACCAGAAUCGGAGGUUCUCCAUCGGGACGGAGCUGAUGAAGCAGACGGAGGAGGAGGUGAUACAGAUGGAGGACUCAAAGUUCACCUUCUCAGGGUUCGAGUUUCCUUCUGACGAGCAGCAGGAGGUGAACGUGUCCUUCCAUAUCAAAGACCGAGACAACCAGAGGAAGAUCGACAGCACCCUGACAGUGGUGCUGUACAGCUGCUCUGUGGGGAGAGAGGACUGCAGUCUGUGUAAACACGCCGACGCCAACUAUAAGUGUGUGUGGUGCACAGAGUCAAAGACCUGCGUUUACCAGGACCUGUGCCGGUCACCGGAGCCGGACCAGUGCCCGGACCCCCAAAUCUCUGAUAUCAUCCCUCGCUUCGGUCCUCUGAACGGUCAGAUCGCUGUGACGAUCAAAGGCUCAAACAUGGGAAUAAAGAAGGAAGACAUCAAGAGCAUCACGGUGGCUGGAGUGGACUGUGUCCACCUGCAGGACAGAUACUCCGUCUCCACCAGUGUGGUGUGUGAGAUCGGACCGAAGCCCCUCGGCCUCCUGCCUGAACAAACCAACAGCGGACCGGUGGAGAUCGAGGUGGAUGGAGGAAGGAGAGGAAGGUCUGGUGUUAUCUUCACAUAUCGGGACCCCAAACCACUUUCCAUCCAUCCAUCCAAGGGUCCUGCAGCAGGAGGAACCAUUAUCACCAUCGAAGGAGAGCAUCUGGACACAGCGACACAAGACGACGUCUCUGUCUCCGUCUCGGGCGUCUCCUGCGACGUCCUGUCGUUUGGUGAAACCAUCACCUGCAAGACCGGCGAGUACGAUAAAGUUUCCUCCAACCAGCUGACGGUGACGGUGAAGUACGGACAAAACACCACCAAAGAUGUUCCCAGAGCGUUCCAGUACGCAGAAAACCCUAAAAUCACAGAUUAUUUCCCCAAAUCCAGCUUCAUGUGUGGCGGUCGAAAGAUCGUGGUGAGAGGAAACGGGUUUGAUCUGAUCCAGUCGGCCAUGAUGAAAGUCCUGAGGACUGAGGACGGAGUCGACACUCCUGUGGAAUUUUCUGCCAAAGACUUGAGUAAGAACGACACGUUCCUGGAGUUUCUGUCCCCGAAGGUGACGUGCUGCYGGGACGGUCAGUCUCUGAGGACGGUCGUCCAGCUGGACAACGUGGUGGAGGACCUGGAGGACUUUAAUUAUCACUCUGACCCCACGUUCAAAAACCUCUCCAAGAACAUCAUCACUGAGACGAGCGUCAUCAUCGUCAAC